UGUAUAUUCAAAGACCUAACCCGCCACUCUUCAGCGCAGAGUUCAGAUGCCGAGUCAACACGAUCUGGCUACGAGCAGAGCAGAACAUCAGGACUUUUGACAUGAUCUUCCGGGGCUACAGAUAAGCUACAGUUCAGCAGCAGAAGAUCGAGAUACACACGCGAUGGCCGACGGAGGAGCGCCCCAGCACGGGAUUACGCUCGAGCGAGGUCUCGUUCGCGGGAAUAACACAGUGCAUAGUCUGAAUCCAGCUAGGUUGAUUGAGAAAAUCAUUCGCGAGCGGAUCUUUGAUUCUCUGUACUGGAAAGAACAAUGUUUCGGUCUAUCAGCGGCUACGAUAUGCGACCGCGCGGCCGAGCUGACAUAUAUCGGUGGACAAUACGGACAGCAGCGACCGACGCCGUUUCUCUGUCUUGCGUUCAAGAUGAUUCAAUUACAGCCCGAGCGGGAGAUUGUUGAGGAGUAUCUUGCCGCCGAAGAUUUCAAAUAUCUGCGUGCGCUCGCUGCAUUUUUCAUCAGACUCACAUAUCCCGCCGUCGACGUCUACAAACUACUCGAGCCCCUACUCUCCGACUACCGCAAACUACGAAUACGAAACAUGAACGGCUUCAGACUGACGUACAUGGACGAGUUUGUGGACGCGCUGUUGACGGAAGAGCGAGUAUGUGAUAUUGCGCUGCCGCGGCUGCCAAAGCGGAUGGUGUUGGAGGAUACGGAGGAGUUGGAUCCGCGGGAGAGCGCGCUGGGAAGCGAGCUUGAGGAUAGCGAUGAGGAUGAGGAAGGCGGAGAGAAAAGUGAGAGCGAGGAGGAAGGAGAGGAGAAGGAGUAGCUGGUUUGGGAUUGUAUGUUAUAUUUCGGUGAUAUUAAUAGAUAACUAUGUACAUUUCGCAUCACAACAACUCUUCUCAACAGACCCGGUAACAACUGCAGCUGCAGGAGUCUUUUAUAUAUCUAAUUGUGAAGUAAUCAAACAAACGCCGCGAUGAUACAAGAG